AUGUAUUUCGUUAUUAACGUGACGUUGGUGGCGACGUGUCCUCAGCACUACUUUGGUGCGCAGUGUGACAUCUACUGUUCACCCUCGGACGAUAAUACGACUGGACACUACAACUGUGGGCCUGAUGGGGAAAAGAUUUGUUUUCUAGGUUACGAGGGUGACAACUGCACUGUCAAUACUCCGGACUGUGUCAACGUGACCUGCCACAACGGAACAUGCAUCGACCAUGUGGCAAACUUCUCAUGUAGCUGUUAUGCUGGUUACACUGGAGAGUUUUGUGAACAUAAUAUUGAUGACUGCGUAAAAGUUACUUGCCAAAAUGGAGGAACGUGCCACGAUGGUAUCGGGAAAUACACUUGUUCCUGUGUAAAUAGAUUUGAUGGAUUACACUGUGAACAUAAUAUUGAUGACUGCGUAAAUGCUACUUGCCAAAAUGGUGGAUCGUGCCACGAUGGUAUCGGAAAUUACACUUGUUCCUGUGUAAAUGGAUUUGAUGGAUUACACUGUGAAAAUAAUAUUGAUGAUUGCGCAAUUGCUACUUGCCAAAAUGGUGGAUCGUGCCAGGAUGGUAUCGGAAAUUACACUUGUUUCUGUGUAAAUGGAUUUGAUGGAUUACACUGUGAAAAUAAUAUUGAUGAUUGCGCAAAUGCUACUUGCCAAAAUGGUGGAUCGUGCCACGAUGGUAUCGGAAAUUACACUUGUUCCUGUGUAAAUGGAUUUGAUGGAUUACAUUGUGAACAUAACAUUGAUGAUUGCGCAAAAGCUACUUGCCAAAAUGGUGGAUCGUGCCACGAUGGUAUCGGAAAUUACAUUUGUUUCUGUGUAAAUGGAUUUGAUGGAUUACACUGUGAAAAUAAUAUUGAUGAUUGCGCAAAAGCGACUUGCCAAAAUGGUGGAUCGUGCCACGAUGGUAUCGGAAAUUACAUUUGUUUCUGUGUAAAUGGAUUUAAUGGAUUACACUGUGAACAUAACAUUGAUGAUUGUGUAAACAUUACAUGCCAUCAUGGAGGAACGUGCAGCGAUGGUAUAGGGAAUUACACUUGUGUAUGUAAUGAUGGAUUUGGUGGAAUUUACUGUCAGCAAUACGUAACAACUCAUAGUCCGACUGUGACAUCCCCACCAAAGUCCACUAUCAAUAAGGAACAACCUUCAACAACACAAAGACCGCCUGGUACACUGAAACCAAAGUCCACUUCCAUUCUUCCAUCAACACAAAGAUCGUCUGUUACACUGCCGCCAGAGUCCUCUAUCAGUAAUGAACACACUUCAUCAACACACAGAUCAACUGUUUCACUGCCGCCCGAGUCCACUAUUAAUCGUGAGCAAUCUUCACCAACACACAGACCGCCUGUUACACAGCCACCUGAGUCCACCAGCAAUCUUGAACAAACUUUAUCAACGCCCAGUCAGCCUAUUACAAUAUCACCUAAGUUAAUUCGUGAGGAUCCUUCAUCAACAAAUAGAACGUUGCCGCCCAAGAUUGACAAUGAGUCGUCGCCACAGAAGGCUGUCAAGAUCGCACCGAUAGCUGGGGGCGCCACGGGAGGAGUGAUAGUGCUUGUAAUCGUGGUGGUGUUGGUGAUAAAAUGGCGGAGAAGACAGCCACAACAGGCAAGCCAAAAGGAUCAGUCACUAAUGAAAAACACAAAUAUUUCGUAUAAUUCAACAAAUGAAGUAGAUUUGCACAUCAAGGGCCAUCAAAAUUCAGUUGAUCACCAAGACGGACAAUUUGGAGCAGAGAAAGAUAAACGACACGACAAUCCGAUAUAUCAUGAGGAUGAACAGACCCAAUUGUGAUGCGUUUUCUGCUAAGUUUGUAUGCAUUGUAAUUCACGUGACAUGUCUUGUAUAAAAAUAGCCCGACAUGUCACGUGAAAUUAAUUCAAACUAUGGUUUAAGCAAUUGGUCCUGGAAGACUUAAUCAAAUACUUUUAGCAAAAACGCAUUUAACGGAUAACGCAUUGGACUGUGAGAAAGAGGUACCCAAUAAAUGUGACCAUAUAUAACCUCCUGUGAUAAAUAGAUGUGACCAAUUAAUGUGACCAUCAUUAACAUCAUGGAAAACAGAGGUGAUCGUUGGAGGUGACCAGGUGUAACCUCCUGUAAGAUAGAGGUGACCUAUAUAGGUGACAAGGUUUAACCUCCUGUAAGAUAGAGGUGACCGAUGGAGGUGACCAGAUGUAACCUCCUGUAAGAAAGAGGUGACCGAUAUAGGUGACCAGGUGUAACCUCCUGUAAGAUAGAUGUGACCGAUGGAGGUGACCAGAUGUAACCUCCUGUAAGAAAGAGAUGACCGAUAUAGGUGACCAUGUGUAAUUUCCUGUAAUAUAGAGGUGACCAGAUGUAACUUCCUGUAAGAUAGAGGUGACCAGGUGUAAACUCCUGUAAGAUAGAUGUGACCAGGUGUAACCUCCUGUAAGAUAGAUGUGACCAGGUGUAACCUCCUGUAAGUUAGAUGUGACCAGGUGUAACCUCCUGUAAGACACAGGUGACCAGGUUUAACCUCCUGUAAGAUAAAGGUGACCAGGUGUUACCCCAUGUAAGAUAAAGGUGACCAGGUGUAACCUCCUGUAAGAUAGAGGUGACCUAUAUAGGUGACCAGGUUUAACCUCAUGUAAGAUAAAGGUGACCAGGUGUAACCUCCUGUAAGAUACAGGUGACCAGGUGUAACCUCCUGUAAGAUAGAGGUGACCAGG